AAGAAUCGUGUUAUAAUUCGAAAUGUGAAACAGACAAAAAAGUCUUAGUCAAGAACAUGUGUGGACUGUGUUUAGUUCUUCCAUAUAAUAUAAAUAUCAUAUCACACUUUUUCUUGGCCACCGAAUUACUUGUUUCAUCCUCUUCUCCUACUUUCUUUUCUCCACGAAAUGGCUACAGUUACUACUGCCAUAAUUCUCUUCACCUUGACAAUACUUUCUCUAACUUGGGCAUGGAGGAUGCUUAAUUGGUUAUGGUUGAAGCCAAAGAAGCUAGAGAAGCUUCUAAGAGAACAAGGGUUUAAAGGUAAUUCAUAUAGGCUUUUAGUUGGAGACGUAAGAGAUCUUUUGAAGACGAGAAAGGAAGCAACAUCUAAGCCUAUGAAUCUUUCAGAUGAUAUUGGGCCUCGUGUGUUUUCCUAUGUUCAUCACAGUGUUACAAAAUAUGGAAAGAAUUCUUUUAUGUGGUUUGGACCGAUACCGAGGGUGAACAUCACAGAUCCUGAGCAAAUUAAAGAUGUACUUAACAAAAUCUACGACUUCCGAAAGCCGAAUUCGAAUCCACUAGUCAGGUUACUAGCUAAUGGUCUUGUAAGCUAUGAGGGAGAAAAGUGGAACAAGCAUAGAAAGAUAAUCAACCCUGCAUUCCAUUUAGAAAAAUUGAAGAUAAUGUUACCAAUAUUCUUCAAAAGUUGCGAUGAUCUGAUUAGCAAAUGGGAGAAAAUGUUGUCAUUGGAAGGAUCGUGCGAAAUGGAUGUAUGGCCUUUCCUUCAAAAUUUGGCUAGUGAUGUUAUUUCUCGAACGGCGUUUGGAAGUAGUUUUGAAGAAGGAAAAAGAAUAUUUCAACUUCAAAUCGAGCAAGCUGAACUUACGAAGCAGAUUAUGAUGAAAGUUUAUAUUCCUGGAUGGAGGUUUCUACCAACUACGACCCAUAAAAGGAUGAAGGAAAUUGACAGAGAUAUAAAAGCUUCACUUACAGAUAUGAUUAACAAGAGAGAGAAGGCACUCAAGGCAGGUGAAGCCACUAAGGAUGACUUAUUAGGCAUACUUUUGGAGUCAAAUCACAGGGAAAUGGAAGAACAUGGAAACAAUAAGAAUGUUGGAAUGAGUCUUGAAGAUGUAAUAGAGGAAUGCAAGUUAUUCUACUUUGCUGGACAAGAGACCACUUCAGUUCUGCUUGUUUGGACAAUGGUGUGUUUAAGUAGGUACCCUGAUUGGCAAGCACGUGCAAGGGAAGAAGUAUUUCAAGUCUUUGGCAACAAAAAACCAGAUUUUGAUGGACUAAGUCAUCUUAAGAUUGUCACCAUGAUUUUGAAUGAGGUUCUUAGGUUAUACCCACCUGUAAUAGCACUUGCUCGAAGUGUUCACAAAGAUGUGAAGCUUGGAAACAUAACAUUACCCGCUGGAGUGCAAGUUUCCUUACCAGUGGUUUUGGUUCACCAUGACUGUGAACUAUGGGGUGAUGAUGCUAAGGUGUUCAAUCCUGAGAGAUUUUCUGAAGGUGUUUUAAAAGCAACAAAUGGCAAAGUUUCAUUUUUUCCAUUUGGUGGGGGUCCUAGAAUUUGCAUUGGACAAAAUUUUUCUAUGUUGGAAGCGAAAAUGGCAAUGGCAAUGAUUUUACAACAUUUUUCGUUUGAACUUUCUCCAUCCUAUGCUCAUGCUCCGGCUACGGUAAUUACUCUUCAGCCACAAUAUGGUGCUCAUAUAAUUCUACGUAAAGUGGAAAUAUAAAAUUAAUAAUUAGCUUUUUGUAUUAUUAGAAGGCUCAUAAUGUAACAUAGCAAACCCAUAAUAUAGUAAAACAUCAUUUACUACAAAUACUAUCAUAUUAAAACUUUUUCUGAAAGCUAAAUAUAUGUAUAUAGGUGAUGAAGUUUAUAAUACCUUUUACAUUGGCUCUAUGUUAAUUAAACCUACACAUGUUGGCAUGUAGGCAACUUUGGCAUUUUACAAUUUCUUAUGAAUAGCAGACUUUCUAUCA